GAAGACAAUUUCACUUGUAAUUACUUUUGUAAGAAGGGACAUAGGAAGUUAUUGUAAACCAAACAACUAUGUGAGAGCUGCAAAGAUUUUAUGGUGUCACCCAUUUAUAAUGUCACUUGAAAAUCUUGCUAAAAUUAAGAGUAUGUUUUUUUCAACUUAAGUUUUAAAAAAUAGAGUCUGAAGCAUAAGUGCAGAUAAGGUAAAUUAAAGAAGAAAUAAAUUCAAAUGAAUUAAGAUAAACUUAUAAAGUUCAAACAGGACCAUGCCGACUUCAACUAAAUCAGUAUUGUAUAAUCGUAAAUCAAUUUUAAUGUUAAAAAAUCAUGUUCACCAACAAAAAUCGUUAUUAAGUAAAAAAAAAAUCAAUUGCAAUCAGUUAUCUACGUAUGAGAAAACACUAGAGAAUCAACAUAUUGUUCCAAUCGAUAAAAAAUAAUUUGAUCAAAAUAAAUUAGAGAUCGCCACUGGUGCAGGGUGGGUGGGCUGGUCCGUGAGUCCUAAUGGGUCGGGCUGAGAUUUCACGGCCCAGGACCGGACCGUAAAAUUCACGGUUUGGGUGGGCUAGUCCACGGGCUGAAAAAUCUUUGCCCACACCGGUCUGCUGCCGGUUUUCACGAUUCGUGGGCCUAGCGAGCUGGUGGCUUAGCCGGUCGGCAUGCAUGGGAUUUUUUUUUUUUCAAAGUUAUAUAAUCAUUUAUUAUUGUUACAUAAAACCUUUAUAUUAUUUAAAAUAUAUACAAUUAUUAAUAUUAAUGAAUAAUUUCAUUAUUUUUGAAUUUGAUUGAAUUAUAAUAUAUGCAAUUUGAUUAAAAUAUAUAUAAUUUGAUUAAAAUAUACACAAUUUGGUUGAAUAAUUACUUGGAAUGGGCUGGUUCGGUUCAUGGGUUGGGUUGGACCGCUUUCGUGGACCGAACCGGGCAGUACCCAUCAAUUUCAGAGUUUGAGGUGUGCUGGAUAGGGCUUUUCGCUGACUCAUCUCACACGAUCCAAGAGGCGGGCUGGGCUGGAUUGGCCCGCACGGUUGGGCAUCUCUAAAAUAAAUCAGUUUCGUUCAAUAUAAAUUGGUUUGAAUGAGUAAAAUAAGCGCUUCAGUAAAAUACUGAUAAAAUGAAUAGCGCCUAAGGCUCCAUUUGUUUUAGAGGAAAACGUUUUCCCAGAAAAUAAUUUUCUCCAUUUUCUAUUGUUUGGUUGGAUAAGGGACUUCAAAACGAAAACUAAGGUGAAAAAACGUUUUUCAUCCCUAUGUAAAUAUUUUUUUCCAAGAUUUAAAGGGAAACCAUUUUCCUCCACUCUCAUUCCGGACAUCUCCAUUUUCCCUUCUUAGCUUAAAUACUUAAGGAGUAGUUUUUCAUCGAACCAAACGAAGCAAAACUAAUACUUCAUUUGCAUUUUCUACGGACAAUGUUUUUCUAUGUAAAUCAUUUUCCAAAAAAAUGUUUUACGAUUAAACCUAAUGGAUCUUAAGUUAAAUUUACGUGAAAAGAACGCAACCAAAACUUUUGGCGUAUGGGCUCAACCUUAAUCCAUCUAUAUUCGUAGUCGCUUACAGAAUCCCAAGUUGCUAAAUGAUUAUCCUUCUGUAGCUAAGUUACAACUCACAGCUUAAGUCAACCGCACAACAAUACUCCUAACAACACGUGAUUUGAUUCUAUCUUUUUAUAGUUUACUUAUUCUCAAAUCUCAAGUUCAAUACAUUUGAAAAGUCAUCAAGAGUCUAACUAAUUACUAGAUAUACUUAAAAAAAGACGAGAUAUGACAAUCAUUUCACUAUAAAUUUUCAUAACAAAAUAAAAGCAUGAGAAUUGUCGGGCAAAUUUGAUCAGGAUCACCCAGAAAACCAAGAAAGUACAGUUUAAGUUUCCACUGCAGAAACUAUUCCCCCAUUAUAAUAAGCUUUAUAUAUCCGAAAAUUCAUGGGGGAAGAGAUUGCAGAGAGAGAUAUACAGAGGGAAACAAUGGAAGUAGAACAACAGGUCGAGUCCGAAUUCGAGUCGAAAAAGAAAGUCCCGCCAUGGAAUAAACAGAUUACGUUACGAGGUUUGAUUGCAAGUACAAUCAUAGGGGUUAUUAACUGCAUCAUUAUAAUGAGGAUAAGCCUAACAACUGGUUUGAGUCCCAACUUAAAUGUUUCGGUUGCUCUUCUCGCCUUCGUCUUCAUUCAAUCAUGGACCAAGAUUCUUGAGAAAACCUCAUUUUCCUCAGUUCCAUUCACAAGACAGGAGAAUACCAUGAUUCAAACUUGUGCUGUUGCUUGCUACAGCAUAGCUAUUUCAGGUGGGUUCGGGUCAUACAUAUUGGCAUUAAACAAGAAGACGUAUGAGCUUGCCGGAGUAAACACACCAGGGAAUUCUCCAGGAAGUUACAAGGAGUUAGAACUUGGAUGGAUGAUUGGUUAUAACUUGCUUGUUUGUUUUGUUGGACUUUUUGUGUUGAUCCCACUUCGAAAGAUAUUGAUAGUUGACUACAAGUUACCAUUCCCAAGUGGCUUGGCAACUGCUGUCCUCAUAAAUGGAUUUCAUUCAAGGAGAGAUAAACUGUCAAGGGAGCAGGUGCGAGGUUUCAUAAAGUACUUCUCAUUAAGCUUUCUCUGGGGUUUUUUCCAGUGGUUUUUCACUGGAUCAGGAAACUGCGGAUUCAGCCAGUUCCCAACAUUUGGACUUCAAGCUUGGAAACAAUCAUUUUACUUCGAUUUCAGUCUGACAUAUAUCGGCACAGGAAUGAUUUGUUCUCAUCUUGUUAAUCUGUCUUGCCUAUUGGGAGCUGUGAUCUCAUGGGGAAUUAUGUGGCCAAUCAUUAGUAAACUUCAAGGAGAUUGGUUCCCUGCAGAUUUACCAGGUUACAGCAUGCAAGGCUUGAAUGGCUACAAGGUGUUUAUCUCCAUUGCUCUCAUUGUUGGUGACGGGCUAUACAUCUUCCUUAAAGUAAUUUAUAUCAUCUUGAAAAAUGUUCUCGGUAGAAAGGACAAGAUCCUUAAUACAGAUGAUAAUGAUCAAACCAUAACUCCUAUGCUUCAUAAACAAAAUGAGCUUUUUACAAGAGAAAAAAUUCCAAUGUGGAUCACAGGCGCUGGCUACAUCCCACUCUCCAUCAUCUCCACUAUUGUGAUACCUUUCAUGUUUCCCCAGGUUAAAUGGUACUAUGUCAUCAUAGCAUACAUUCUAUCUCCAAUACUAUCAUUUGCAAAUGCAUAUGGAGCUGGUUUGACUGAUCAAAACAUGGCAUACAAUUAUGGGAAAGUGGCCAUAUUCAUUCUCGCAGCUCUUGCUGGGAAAGACAAUGGUGUAGUAGCCGGGCUUGUCGGGUGUGGCGUGAUCAAGUCAGUUGCCUAUGUUUCAUGCUCUCUAAUGCAAGAUUUCAAGACGGGCCAUAUGACCCUAUCAUCCCCUCGGUCAAUGCUCCUUAGCCAGGCAGUUGGGACAGCAAUUGGAUGUGUUGCAGCCUCUCUCUGCUUCUCCCUGUUCUACCACGCAUUUGACGUGGGAAACCCUACUGGAGAAUAUAAAGCACCUUAUGCCCUAAUCUACAGGAACAUGGCAAUUUUAGGGGUUGAAGGAUUCUCGGCACUUCCUCGCCAUUGUUUGGAGCUCUGCUAUGGGUUUUUUGCACUGGCUGUGGGACUUAACGUGCUAAGAGACGUGCUACCAUCUAAGAUCGGAAAGUGGACCCCACUUCCGAUGGUUAUGGCUGUACCAUUUCUGGUAGGUGGAUACUUCGCCAUUGAUAUGUGUGUUGGAAGCUUGAUAGUCUUUCUGUUGCAUAAACUUAAUCCCAAGAAGGCUGAGUUGAUGACUCCAGUUAUUGCUUCAGGUUUUAUUUGCGGGGAAGGGCUUUGGAGCCUCCCUGCUUCUCUUCUGGCUUUAGCUAAAGUUAAUCCUCCAAUUUGCAUGAAAUUUUUGGCCUCCUAAGGGUUAGCAUAUGAAGAAGAAAAUAAUGUUCAGCUCUCGGAGUCUGCAUUCUCUUUAUAUUUGUGAAUUGUGGGUUUGUGACAAUGGAGGGAAUCAACUUUAUUUUUACACAUUACACAUUUACACCCAAGGAUGUCGCUUAUCUAGUGGGGUAUGCAAAUUGACCCGCAACAGAAAGCUCCUCAAAGAGGACCUCAAUUUUUCUAUAUAGUCUAAGGUAAAACCGUAAAAGCAAAGCCCAUUGUUUUUCUUUCAUCCCACAAGUUCUACUUAGUGUUCAUAAAAUUUUAAAUUGAGAAAAUUGGCAUGAAUUAUAUUGUGGAAUGUAUUUAUCUUUUCGAUUGUGUCA